AAUGCAGGGCCCGGAAGGGGCACUUUAAAGGCGCCUUUUGGAGCCAGCAGGGGCCCGACAGGGGCCAUGGAGUGCCCCGGUCGGGCUCUUCUCUUCACCCCCCAUGUAUGUAGGUCACCCUCCAUUUCCAUCCGCCGGAAGGUCGAUGUGACGUGUGACGAUUGCGGCGCUGAUGGGGUGGCCAUGUGCGGCGCAGACCCUGCCGAGCACCGCUGCAUGCAGCCUUGCCAGCGGAAGAUGCGCUGCGGGCACCUCUGCACGGGGAAGUGCGGAGAGCCGUGCAACAGGUACCUGGAAGACUGCAGGAUUUGCUCCGAGAUUCGGCGCGUCGCAGCUGAAGAGCGCCGGGCGGAGUUCCAGGAUGAGAUCAAGAGACUUACGCGGGAGGACAUGUUCAGCAUCAAUAUGGCUUCGGACACUGACCACGACAGGGUGGAGCACCUUUUGCGCUCUUACUUCUUGGCCGCGUGCCACAAGAUCGAGAAGGUGCAGGUUGAGAAGAUUAUCUCUACAGUGAAUCGGCGUCGGCUGCUCCUGGCAUCGCAGGCUUGUGUUGCACCUGGCGAUUUUGAAUAUCGUGCGUUGGUCUUGACCUCGGACGAGGAGUGCCGUCGCGUAGCGCAGGAUGGCUUCGUCGACACAGUCCCCAUGUGGCGCAAGGCCCUGCAAGACGCGGCGUCGCGCAGGAGUGGUUAUGUGAGCGUACUGGUGUGCCAGGUGCAGCUAGGCCGCGAGUACCUCUGCGACGCGCAGGACCGAAAACCCCAGGAGCUGCCCCCCGAGGGCUUCGACUCCACCUACGACCCCCGGGAGCAGUGCCAUCGCGUGUUCAAGGCAUCCAAGGACUUCGGCCGGGUGUGCCCCGUCUUCAUAGCACGCGCCUUUCUGGCCGAGGCCGAGGUCGAGGUGCUCCCCGAGCUUCCCACCCACUGGACAGCCAGCGCGAUGCCUCGAGAGGGCUGGCGAGUCGUGCCAAUGCCCACCGAGUCUGCCGAGUUCCGCUGCCUCCAGCAGGCGCUGAAGACGGAUCCCCGCGAGCUUGGCAAAGGCCGAGAUGUCAAGGAGGGUUCGAGCAAGUAUUCUCAGCUCAAGCUAGUUCGUGCCUGGCGAGUUGAGCACCCGCCCCUUUGGCGCCGCUACGCUACAGAGCGGCACACGAUUGCUGAGCAGAUCCGGCAGUGCAAGUUGGAGAUCAAGAACCCGAGGAUUCGGCGGGAGUUGUGGGGCGCUCUUAAAGGGCUCCCACAAGAACUCCAGAAGAACGUCAAUGAGGCGCAUUUGCUACACGGAACGUCUCCCGAUAUUGUCUUGCAGUUGCUCAGCAAUGGUCCCAACGAGCGCUUCUCAACCGUAGCCAUGUUCGGUAACGGCAAUUAUUUUGCCGAAGACGCUGCAAAGACGGAUCAGUACGUUAGGUGUGAUCCGUCAUAUUGUCGCAAACAUGCAGGUGUCCUUCAUGAGCUACAUAAGCGGUUGUACAGCACCAGCAAUUCGCAUCCUGGGAGUGUCUAUUACGUGUUUGUAUGCCGUGUGGUGCUGGGUUGCUUUGUAGCAAAUGAGAAACCAGGAAUUGGUGAGUGGGAAGGGAUCUACGCCAGCCCCGCUGCCAAGGAGCUCGCGGUUGUGCCCAGGGUCACGCCGCCGGUCCACUACCAUUCCUUGGUGGCAGAUGUUAGAGAUUUACGGUUUCGGGAGUUCGUGCAAUUCCACGACACCCGUAUAUUUCCAGAGUACCUCUUGGCGUAUCAGCGAGCUCGUUGAGGCGUUUGGGAAUAUUGUCGGCGCUACGUGGAUUUCAGCGUGGCGGCUCGCGCAUGGAUCUUCAUCCUGCGCGUUCGCCCAUUUCACGACUCCAUGACCCACUGCAUCAUGGAGCCUCGCGGUGGGCCAGCGCGCAGGCAGGUGGAAGGGAGAGGUGGCAAGGACUGACUGGAGGAGGAACGGGAGGCCUGAGCGGGAGCCGUGCAGCCCGAUCGGCCGGAAGCACCAGGAUGAUCCUCUCGCUCCUUCUCGUCCUCCUCCAUCCUGCUCAU